AUGAGUCUUCACAGUAAGGAUGUCAUCAAGAAAUGCACAGUCCGGAUUACCCUCCGUCUUCGGAACAAUCAGGACACUCGAAAGAAGCCCACUAUGAGAAGAGAAUCCACUUUGAGCACCAUCAGCGGGGAUUCCAAUCUUUCCAUGAGAUCCGAGGAUUACGAAGGUAAUUAUAAUACAUUCACAACAUAUUCAUGUGUCAAGGGGAUUAUAAAGAAAAGAAGCCAGGGAAUCUCGAAAAUGAUGAAAUUGUUGCGCAACGCUUCAAGUCAUUGUGAUUAUCAUAAAUAACAUAUUUGAUGACUGUUUUAGCUAACGUCCCGGACAUCAAUGAUGCCGAAGCCAUUUGUAUGGCCAGGAAUGCCCUCAAGCAUUAUUCCAACAAGUUUAAAUUGAACAUCCAUGCUGUUGAACAAUAUAAUGCCGAGAAGGCCAGAAGGUAUUCCAAAUUCAAUAUAAAUUUAAAUCUUCAAUCACUGAUUAUAGUGCCAGUACUGAUUCCCGUGGAUCCAGCAGUCGUUUGCGUUCUGAGGAAAGCUCCAAAUGCUCCCGAUAUUCUUCUUGUUUGGGCACCACCGUCAACACUUGCUCGCCCUUAUCCAUGGACAGUUAUGAAGCCAAUGAACGUGACUUUGAAGGAAAAGAAAAGGUAAUUCCUACCAACUUGAUCUUUGAUCCAGCUUUUCCAAGCCCUCUGCAUUUCACGUGUUUUAGGACAUUCCGAACCACUCGGAGCAUGGAAAAAAGACGAAGAAAUCAAAAAAAUUAAACAAUCCUGGUCUCCGAUAG